CGGGCUGUGGUGUCCAGGAUGAAUUGGGCUGGAGAUUUAAUUCAGCGGGUGAACAUCUUGCUGCGGGCAGACGGGGCUCUCGAGGAGGAGUGGUGGCAGCAGAGCAGGGACUGCAGGGCAGCGCCAUCGCCUGCUUCCUGCCCUACCUUUUCUCUCCGCGGCCACCUUUGUCCUCGCAGCUGUGACUGAGUCUGGCGGUUCCAUCUGAACCCCCGGUGCGCAGCCGGGGCUGGAAGGCGUCGGGGGGGAUUUGCAGAAGACGGAGCCCGGGAAGAGACGUUGGGGCCUUCCUGAAGGCCCCAGCGUGCCGGCCCGGUGCUAUGCGAUGCUCCCUGAAGCGCUCCCUCACGGCUGCUCUUGCAGCCUCCUUCCUCCUCCUCCUCCUCCUCCUCCAUGGGGACAGCCGGCAGGAAGAAGAUCCCCUGGAGGCGGAGCUUAAGGGCUUGGCCCCAGACAGGGUCCUGCAGAUGCUGCAGCCAGCAGGAGCCCAGCGCAUCCUCCGGGACAUGGAUGACUUCUCCGCACUCCACAAUGUCUCCUACCACCUCCUCGCUGGCUCCCUGUCACCCCAUAAAAAAUUCUUGGCAGUGGGUUUGGCGUCGGUGCGGCGGCCGCGUGGCUACUACCUCCCAGCCACACUCCAGUCCCUCUUCAAGCAGUCGACGGAGGAGGAGCUGCAGGAUAUGGUAGUGGUGGUGCAUUUGGCUGACACGGACCCCACGUGGAACAUGCGUGUGGCCGCCAACAUCGCCCACAAGUUUGCUCACCACAUCCUCUUGGGACGGCUCCUGCUUAUCCACGCUCCCCACGAGUUUUACCCCACCCUUGAGGGCCUUAAGAGAAAUUACAAUGACCCAGAGGAGCGGGUGAGGUUCAGGUCCAAGCAGAAUGUGGACUACGCCUUCCUCUUUGCCUUUGCCGCCAACCUGUCCUCCUACUACUUGAUGAUUGAGGAUGACGUGUGGUCCGCCAAGUCCUUCUUGACGGCCAUCCGCAAGGCACUGGCUUCUCAGGAAGGCUCCAACUGGGCCACCCUUGAGUUCUCCAAGCUGGGCUACAUCGGUAAGCUCUAUCGCUCCAGUGACCUUCCUCGCCUGGCUCGCUUCCUCCUCCUCUUCUACCAGGAGAUGCCCUGCGACUGGCUGCUGGUCCACUUCCGCCUCCUGCUCACCCAGAAGGACGUCAUCCGCUUCAAGCCCUCCCUCUUCCAGCACAUGGGCCUCUACUCCUCCUUCCAGGGCACCAUCAACCGGCUGGAGGACGAUGAGUUCCAGGCCGAUGCCUUGGACCUUCCGGACAAUCCACCAGCAGUCUUGUUCACCAGCAUGUCCGUCUUCGAGAACUACGAGCCCCUCAAGGCUUACAGCACAGCAGAGGGGUAUUUCUGGGGGAAAGACCCAGCAGCCGGCAGCGUCUUCUCCAUCAUCUUCCAGCAGCCGGCUCAUGUCACCCGUGUGCGGGUGCGCACGGGCUCCGAGGAGCGCCAGGGGGAUUUCCUGCAUGCAGGGGUGCUGGAGCUGGGCCGGCAGCGGCAGGCCGAUGGCCAGGACUGCUCUGCCUACACCACCGUGGGCACCUUCGAGAAGGGGACCUUGGAGCGGCGGGGGCUGGAGAUGGGCCUGCCCGGCCCCGUGGAGUGCGUGAGGAUCCGAGUCACCCGGGACCAGAGCGAGUGGCUCAUCAUCCGGAGCAUCGACAUCUGGACCACGGCAGGCAGCUGAGCCGGGAUGUGGCAGGUUGCCAAAGUGGCUGGAUUUUGUACUAAGAGUUCCUUUAUUUUUCUCACUUCCUUUUUUGAUAAGGAGUUAAAUUAUUGACUCCCGCUGGUGCUGACACCUGUCUCCGAAGGGAUGCGGGACCUGGAUGGGCCGGGAGCAGGGCCCACCAGCCCGUGCCUGCCUGGGGGAUGCUCCAGCGAGCAACGAGAACGCUGGGGGCGUAGGAGGAGCAGAGGCUUGGGAAUUUCAGGCCGAGCAACAGAAAACAUUUCCUCCCAGGGAGGAUGGUGUACAGGACAAAGCUAAUCGGCUAAUUAACAAUCCAAACGAUUAACCAGGCAGUGGCAUUUUUUGCAACCUCUCCCCAUCACCCCCUCCCCAUCUGAGAUUUCUAACCCACCGAUUCCAACGUGCAGACUUUCCCUCUCCUAUCCCAUUUUCAAGCUGUCCCUGGAGGGGCCAGGGGAAGAUACGGGGGUGCUGCUCACCAAACCCCUCACCCAUGAUCAGGGCCACAGGGAGCUGGGAGCAGGACCCCCACCACUGGUGAUCGCUGAUGUCUCGGUGCUGAUCAGAGGGGCACCGGCCACCAGAUGGACCCAUCGCACCAGCUCAGUCCCCACACAGCCACAGCAGCUCUCGUCCACUCACCGCUUCUGUUCAGACCCUUCAAAUAGAUUCUCCCCCUCUCAGGGGGCUGCAGUUCCCAGGGAUCACACCCUGUGUCCAAGACGGAUUCACCCCAAGAGGAAAAGUCAGGGAAGAUGGGGUUCUUUAAGAGGGGGAGAAUUACAGAAUCCCAGAAUUGUAGGGGUGGGAAGGGACCUCUGGAGAUCAUCCAGUCCAACCCCCUGCCAAAGCAGGGUCACCCAGAGCAGGUUGGACAGGAACGCGUCCAGGUGGGUUUGAAUAUCUCCAGAGCAGGAGACUCCACAGCCUCUGUGGAGAAAGGUCCAAUGAUUGCACACCAUGGAACAAGGACGAGUAAAGGAAAAUGUCAUAAUGUGAAGCUCUGGGUACCUUUUAGCCCGGUUAGAUGCUGGAGGGUGACCAGGGUGCAGGGACAAAGCCCUCCAACAGCUUCUGUUCAAGUUUGUCUGGCACGAUGAGCCUGGAGGGCUGGGUCCCUCCAGUCAGCUCCAUCACAAGCUGUUGGCACCAGUACGCAAGGCGGUGACCGGCACCUCUCCCAGUUAGGCUUUUCGCAACAAUUGCUCAGCUUUCAACAAGCAAGGAGGAAUUCUGAUCUGCUCAGCCUUCCUGCAAGACAGCUUGGAGCAGUUUGUCACUAACUUGUGCCAAGCAGCACUGCGCUGGGUUGCCAGUAUUUAAAGCCCGGCUCUCCCGGAGCAGGACAGUCACCCUUCAAGCACAGACAAGCACAAAUCAGUGCCAGGGGACCCACCUGCAGGGCUGAAACACCUCAGUGCCGUAACCAC